CCCCAACCCCCCACACCCUUCUCUCUCCAUUGAAACCUCUCAUCAACUCUUGAUUUUUCAAUAGUCUUUCCGUGCAAAAUGUCAGGCUUCAGAUUUCACUUUCUCCAUCUCCGAUGCAACUAAUCUUCAUCUUCACUGUUCUUCUCAGCUUUGCUUCAGUUACUUCAUUCAAAUUCGCCUUAUCAGUUGCUGUUCCUGGAGCUGCAUCUUCUCUGAUUAAUUUUCCAGAGUGAAAUGCAUUGCUAGCUACAUGGAUCAAUACGAAGUGCUUGAGCAAAUUGGAAAGGGGGCAUUUGGUGCUGCCCUUCUUGUACGCCAUAAACAUGAAAGAAAAAAGUAUGUGUUGAAAAAGAUACGACUUGCUCGCCAAACUGAUAGAACACGUAGGUCUGCACAUCAGGAGAUGGAGCUUAUAUCGAAAAUGCGAAAUCCCUUUAUUGUGGAGUAUAAAGAUUCCUGGGUUGAAAAGGGAUGCUAUGUGUGCAUUAUUAUAGGAUAUUGUGAAGGUGGAGACAUGGCAGGAGCCAUUAAAAAAGCCAAUGGCAUGUUGUUUUCUGAAGAGAAACUUUGUAAGUGGCUUGUACAACUUCUAAUGGCACUGGACUAUUUACACUUGAAUCAUGUUCUUCAUCGUGAUGUUAAGUGUUCAAAUAUAUUCUUGACAAAAGAUCAAGAUAUACGUCUUGGUGAUUUUGGACUAGCCAAGAUGUUGACUUCAGAUGACCUUGCCUCAUCUGUUGUAGGAACUCCUAGUUAUAUGUGCCCUGAGCUUCUUGCAGAUAUACCAUAUGGUUCAAAAUCAGAUAUUUGGUCUCUUGGAUGCUGUAUAUAUGAAAUGACUUCCCAUAAGGCUGCAUUUAAAGCCUUUGACAUGCAAGCAUUGAUAAACAAGAUCAAUAAGUCAAUUGUAGCACCACUUCCAGUCAAAUACACUGGUGCCUUUCGGGGACUCGUGAAAAGCAUGCUGCGGAAAAAUCCGGAACUAAGGCCAAGUGCAGCAGAGCUACUGAGGCAUCAACACCUCCAGCCUUAUGUUCUAAAAGUCAACCUUAAACUAAACAGUCCAAAACGUAGCAUAACCUCCCAUUGGCCCGAAUCUGAUUACAUGAAAAAAACAAGGUUUGUGGAGCCGGUUUAUCUUCGUCCAAGGUCACGGGAAAGACGGCUAUCAUGUGGCAAUGAUAGAACAUUGAAUCCAAGCAUAUCUUUAGGUGAUCAAGGUUCGCCUUUUUCAACUAAACGUGUUCAAGAUUCCCCUCAUUAUUUACAAAGAAGAAUGGGAAGACUAUCUAUUGGAAGCACAUGUGAAGAGUCUCCCAUCACAAGAAAUAUUUCUUCCAAAGCUUCUAAUUCCACCAAGAAUCUCAAAUUCACUUCCUCUGCUACUAAAAAACGAACCGACCUCUCCAAGGGUCGUGAAACGGAAUGUGAUUCAAGAACUUCGGUAAAACAACCGGGUCCCACAAGUAGACGCGCGUCUCUACCCCUCCCAAAACGAACCACAAUCGAAGAAUCGCCAUUCAAAAGUGCAAAUUUCCUCCACCACACAAAUUCCAUGGACGUUUCCGUAAACGCCCCUCGAAUCGACAAAAUGGUAGAAUUCCCACAUUUUACACCGACCCGUAGAACCUCCCUAACGUCCGGGCAAGGCUCCUCGUCGCCACCGCCAUGUGACCGCUCAAUCAUGAAAGACAAAUGCAUGGUAACCACCUCCGGCCGCAACAACUCCGCCACCGGAAGCGACUGCUCCGACCAAAACGCCACCGCCGGAGCAUCCAGCCGGACAUCGUCGGACCUCCGGCGGCGGCGGUUCGACACGUCAUCGCAGAAGCAACGGGCGGAGGCGUUGGAAGGGCUUCUUGAAUUUAGUGCGCGGUUGUUGCAAGAGGAGAGAUUUGAAGAGCUUGGGGUGUUGUUGAAACCGUUUGGACCCGGGAAAGUGUCGCCUAGGGAAACGGCUAUUUGGUUGACUAAAAGCUUGAAGGAAAAUACUUUGAAGCAAGAGGAGCAAUUUUAUCGUAGAAGAAGGUAA